GAAUUUACCUUGCAGUACUUCUAAUACAAACUGCACCAUUUUAUAGUUAAGAAUGCUUGCCACUGGAAUAUGAACUUGUGUCGUCUUGAAUAGCAUUGUUCUACCCGUACAAUCCGUGUUUAAACGAACGGAAUCGAUGAGCGUUGUCUUAUUGUUAUGGAAAUAAGUUGAGCAAUAAUGGAGAGUUACUUAUGUCUGCUCAUUUUGACAGCACUCAUUGUGUAUGUCAUUUACUUCUUUCACGCGUAUUUGUACCGUUCCCACCGACAACUUAGAACGUGCGCGGUUUUUGACUUCAACCAGCCUUUGCCAAGCUAUGCGUACCUCUGGGUCAGAUACAUGACUGAAUCUUUUCGCAAAAGCCAGGGUCACUUAUACGAAAAUAACAAGGACAAAAAAGCAAUUACAGACGAACUUGUCUUUACAAUUUUCAACUGCAGGCUUGACGUACAGAAUUUGAGAAAGUAUUGCUCUGCCAUGGGAUAUGGUUGGGAUUAUCCGGAUAGCACCUUCAGAGAUGUCCCCUUGUGCUAUCCCGACUAUUUCUGCUGCCGAUUACUCACCAUGAUUCUGUGUUCAGAGAGAUUCAAACUGAGUCCGUUGGGCCUGGUUCGCGUGCGUCAGACCUUGAGCUCUCUCCAGCCAGUGGAUGAACUGAAGAAAGGCCCGUUCACUGUGCAGGCCAGAGUGACUGAGUACCGGUCGGUUCUGGACGGUGUGGAGGUGGACAUCUCUCUCAGUGCUGGCAGAGGUGACUUGCCCGUGUGGGAGAGCGCGAUUACAAUGUUCUCCCAGAAAACAGGACCACACACCCAGUCAGAGCCAGCGGACACACCCGACGGGUCAGAUGCAGUGAAGGGAGUGGACCUGGUCGUGCCUUGGUCUGCAGGUGUGACGUGCACCUGGGCAUUCUGGGAGCUCUGCCCCGCCUGUGUGUUACUGCGCGGAGCCUGUCGUCUGCACCUCACACGCCCAAACACACCUGCGCUCUGGGUCCUGUCCAGGUGUCUGGUGGAGAUUGAGAAGCACAGAGGAGUGGAUGCUGUUCGGGCCCCAGUCUCUGUGUCUGUCACUUUCAGACGGAGCCUGUUCCUCCCAGCGGACGUCAGGAUCAGGUUUAGCCAGGCGGCUAGUGACUCUGCUCUCAGACUGUGCAGGUUUGUGAUGGAAAAGCCCAGCACGCGGGAGCAGUACGUCUCAGGAGAGAUCCAGGGCUCUGACACACAGGAGUGAAGCCAUUUUAGCCCAGGGAAAGAGUGGACGUCUCACUUACAAUGUGAACUCAGUCAAACUCAGUCUGUCAGUGGUGAGGUGGUUUUGGUUAAUUAUGUCAUUUGGUUGA